GAUGAGGACAUAGGGGUUGAGGUAGCGUGAGAGAAAAUGACACAUGGAUAUAGGCAUAAAUGGCUACUGAACUGCAACCUCUUUAUAAUCUUCAAUAGGACCAUUGUGACAACAGGUUACACAGCUCCAUGUUCUAUUACUGCAGCAAGUAGUAUCAAGUGAAAGCAUGGCUGUGUACGCUAUCCACAAAGACUAAAUGUGUGUUCUAUAGUCAAUCAGUUUAACAAAUGUAUUUUGUUUUAUUGUCUAAUCUGCAGUUUCACAGAUUGUACCAGCCAGGGUUGCAAUACUUAACAAAAGUGUAGUAUGGUCUUGCUACUGCCCACAAUACAACAUGUUGAAUUAGAAACACAGGGGAAAUUAUAAGUGAGUUGAGUGUAUUUAUAUUUUUAGAUGUUCAUGAUUUGGUUGCAAACACUGAAGUUCAUUCCAGGCUAGUUGGGGCUGAAAGUCUAAUAUAGCUGUGAACAGUCAGAUGUAAAACAUUAAAAUGGUUCCUCUCCACCCCGUUUGGCGAAUGAAAACCUGAGCUUAGAUGCAUUCCUGGCCUGAAAUCUGAUGUGCCUGGGCUUGGGAGCACACACAAUCCUGCAUGUGAAGCACUUCUACUCCAUACACCUUUCUGCUUUGUGCACAUGGCCCUGCAGUUGUUUUAACUAAUUGCAUGAACUAUAACAUUAUAGGCCUACAGGCCAGGUGUUCAUAAUGUCAGUGUUAAGGGGAAGUUAUUCAGAGGCAGGCAUUGAGACAUCAGCGACAGUGUGUUCUGUAGGAAGGCUCAGGUUCAUUAACACACAGGACUUAGGCACAGUCCCUACUACUAAUAUGUAUUCCAGGGGACAUUCUGUUACACAGACCAUUAUGAAAUGAGAAGUCACAUUGGCACUUUUCUCUCUGCUGUAAUAACUGACCUGUAGAUGUGAGUCUGUCUCUCUCUUCUGGUGCGUGCGCGCGCAGAGAAAGCAAGAGAGAUUUGGCCGGGCGCUCCAGUGAGGGGCCCACGUGCUCUGUGUGUGGUCCUGGUCUCUCCCUGACUCAUUCUCAGACAGCCAUGUUGCUGUGGGUUUUAAGGAGGCCCAAUGCUUCACUCAGAGAAAACGAUGGGGGAACAUGGAGCCCCCCUCAUUCAUACAGCACAGGACAAAAACAAAACAUCCAGUGUCAUUUCAACCAGCAGGAGGUAGGCUGUUGGAGCAUUACAUCUAAUACACUGCCCCAUAAUGGUCAGGUUAGAGAGAGGCUUUUGAUCACAUCACAAGCAUGAAGAGGAUUGUUUGAGACUGUAUGGUGUUCUGUCUAUGUGAAUGAUGAAACAUUCAUUAAAUCUACAGUGUGGCUGUCCCAUUGGUUGAAAUAGACAGAAUCUUAAAUCUGACCAAUGUCAGUCACUUAUGGCUUAAUUUACAGUUAACUUAUAAUCAACCUCUGGAACUUUUCUUGGUCAGUUUGAGGGCUCAUUCGGGUGAAGAGCAGUGCUACCUUAACUGGGAGAGAGAAUCCACAUUUCCAUUAUGAGGGUCUCCUAGGAAACUGAAUUAAUAUGGACUGCAAGGAAAUAAACAAGACAAACUUUUUUUCAACAUCCAAAAUGCCAUGAAGUUAUAAAUUGUUUCUAAUUCCACCAGGCCAUCCCAUUCCCCAACCAACACCCAUACAGUAGGCUGCAUACUCAUUUAAAAAACUGUGCAAUUUAAGCAAAGAAAAUUACAAUCUUGUCUGAUCUUUUAGAAUCAAAGUAGCCUAAGGAGUGGAUAAUUUACUUGUUUAUGUCCACGACAACAAACUUUCCCUGAGUGGCUACUGGCAUGCCACUGGCGGAUAAACUCGCAGUUACCAUUUUUGUGGUGGUGAAUGAACAGUCUUUGGAGUGGGCUGACAAAGAAAUAUAGCCUACUGUGUUCGCAUAAUCACUAAGAUUUAAAUUGUAUGGCAAAGUGAGGCUCUAGUUUAUUCACAGAUUUGAAGUACUUUUGAAGAGACUACUGAAAUGCUUGUUCACACCAACAUAACUGAUCAGUCUAUGAUUGCAAAUCUACUAAUUCUUAACAGCAACAAGUGCAAAUAUAGGAGGUAGGGUCAGAUGUAAGUAGUGGAGGACAGUAUGGGUCUUUUGAGAUCUUUCUUUACUUGUUUUUGGAAAUGAGCAAAGUGAGUGUCUUACUGGUACUCCAGUUAUGUAGCCAAGCUAUCAUUGCUCAUUGUGUAUAUAUUCCUUGUGUUACUAUUUUUUAAAUAUGAUUUGUUUUAUUUAUUGUAUUCUGCAGUGUUGGUAAGGGCCCAUAAGUAAGCGUUUCACUGUCUACACCUGUUGUUUACGAAGCAGGUGACAAUACCAUUUGAUUGUGAUUGAUUUGACAAAUGUGUUAUGUCAGAAAUAAAGGCUCUAAAUGAACGGACGAUUAAACAAACAAGCAUACGAAAUAAAGGUACACAGAUGGCUUUUCUACUGCAGUCUGUCCUAGCAGGAGAGAGAUUGUUUUUGGUAUUCCUAUAAGGCAUAGUCUUACCCAUGGAGAGGGGGAUGGGAUGAGAGCGUUUUGUUACUUUGGCUCUCCCCCACCAUGUGCAUACCAGAGGCAGAACAAAAUAGCAGACACGACUGCAAGCGAGAAAAACAAAGACCAAACUCCAUUAGACACAUCGCAGAAUUCUAUAGGAAUCCCCCAAAACGGCCUUUUUUUGGGAUAGGCCUACACAGAUCAAAUGAAAAUAGUUUUUUCAGCAAAAGAGGGGAAAGUGGGAGCGCGAGGGGGAUGGAGCGCGUAGACUAGAGAUCAUGUUACAGUUUCAGACUUUUCACGGCAAGUUGUGGGGGAGGGUGGAUCUGUUACUUUGAUUUCUUUUUAAUAGGCAUAUCCAACAAAAACAGCGGAAGGAAUAGUUCCACUUGAUUUUAAUUGAAUAUCAUGCAUUUUUCGUUUUUUGGUGGCGAUCGGAUUGUGUGUAGGGAAUUCCAGUGAUAAAUUAAGGAUUAUACGACAACAUGCUAAAUGAAAAAGUUCGGGACUGCGUGAAAACUGGGAAAACGUUUCGUUUCAUUGUAUCAUAAUGUUACAUUCGGCAUCAAAUGAACAAGAGCACUUCGUGCUAUUUUUAUUAACGGUUACUUCUAAGAUUACUGGAAUACAAAGUAUAAUUUUUUCAUUCCUGGAAACAAAGUUGCACCGUUGAAUCUCCAAGAUGUCUUCCCAUGGCUGGAGUGCCAUUGUUGGUGUGUUGGGGAUGCUUUGCGUUUGGGCUGCCUCCUUUCAGGCUACUCAUGCGGUAACGGUACAGAGAAACGAAACAAUUUUCAAUGAUUUCUGCAAGAAAACUACAACAUGUGAAGUGCUGAAGUAUAAUACCUGUCUUGGGUCCCCACUACCGUACACGCACACGUCUCUUGUCUUGGCUGAAGACUCAAGUACCCAAGACGAAGCAUUUGAGAAGUUGGCCAUGUGGUCUGGUCUGAGGAACGCCCCUCGCUGCUGGGCGGUCAUCCAGCCCCUGCUGUGUGCCGUCUACAUGCCAAAGUGUGACAACGGGCAGGUGGAGCUUCCCAGCCAGCACCUGUGCCAGGCUACGCGUCGCCCCUGCAGCAUCGUGGACCAGGAGAGGGGCUGGCCCAACUUCCUCAAGUGUGAGGAGACGGACAAGUACCCCAUGGGCUGCACGAACGAGGUGCAGAAGCUGAAGUUCAACACGUCGGGACACUGCGAAGCCCCCCUGGUGAAGACAGACGUUCAGGCCAGCUGGUACAAAGAUGUGGAGGGCUGCGGCAUCCAGUGCAACAACCCCCUGUUCACCGACGAGGAGCACUCGGACAUGCACGCCUACAUCGCUGUGUUCGGCACCGUCACCCUGCUCUGCACCUUUUUCACUCUGGCCACCUUUCUGGCGGACUGGAAGAAUUCAAACCGUUACCCCGCCGUCAUCCUCUUCUACAUCAAUACCUGUUUCUUCAUGGGCAGUAUCGGCUGGCUGGCUCAGUUCAUGGAUGGAGCUCGCAAAGAGAUCGUGUGUAAGAGUGACAACACCAUGCGUUUAGGGGAGCCCUCGUCUACCGAGACUCUGUCGUGUGUCAUCAUCUUCAGCCUCGUCUACUACUCCCUGAUGUCUGGGGUGAUCUGGUUCGUCAUGCUGACCUACGCCUGGCACACGUCCUUCAAGGCCCUGGGCACCACCCACCAGCCCCUGUCGGGCAAGACCUCAUACUUCCACAUGGUCACAUGGUCCGUCCCCUUCAUCCUCACUGUGGCUAUUCUAGCCACUGCUGAGGUGGACGGAGACUCUGUCAGUGGGAUCUGUUUCGUGGGCUAUAAGAACUACCGCUACCGUGCUGGCUUUGUGUUGGCUCCCAUUGGAGUUGUGCUUGUCAUUGGUGGCUAUUUCCUCAUACGAGGAGUCAUGACGUUGUUCUCCAUCAAGAGUAACCAUCCAGGUCUUCUGAGUGAGAAGGCAGCGAGCAAAAUCAACGAAACAAUGCUAAGACUUGGUAUAUUUGGGUUCCUGGCGUUUGGCUUUGUCUUAAUCACGUUUGGCUGCCACUUCUAUGACUUCUUCAACCAGGCUGAGUGGGAGAAGAGCUUCAGAGAAUAUGUGUUGUGCGAGGCCAAUGUGACGAUCGCUCAUCAGACCAACAAGCCGAUCCCAGAAUGUACUAUCAAGAACCGUCCCAGUCUACUGGUGGAAAAGAUUAAUCUGUUCUCCAUGUUCGGCACGGGCAUCGCCAUGAGCACCUGGGUGUGGACCAAGGCCACUAUCCUCAUCUGGAAACGCACCUGGUGCAAGGUUAUCGGCCGUAGCGACGAUGAGCCCAAGAGGAUAAAGAAGAGCAAGAUGAUAGCCAAGGCCUUCUCCAAGCGCAAGGAGCUCCACAAAGACCCGGAGAAGGAGCUGUCCUUCAGCAUGCACACUGUCUCCCAUGACGGGCCAGUAGCUGGCAUCAACUUUGACCUGAACGGGGAGCCAUCCAACGAGAUGUCUUCAGCCUGGGCCCAGCAUGUCACCAAGAUGGUGGCCAGGAGGGGCGCCAUUCUACCGCAGGACAUCUCUGUCACCCCUACAGGGACACCUGUUCCACCGCCAGAGGAGAGGAACAAGCUGUGGAUGGUGGAGGCGGAGAUCUCCCCUGAGAUGAUGAAGAGGAAGAAGAAGAGGAAGAAGAGGAAUAAGGAGACGCGUCCUCUGGAGGAGCUGGCCGAACACCAGGGCUACCGUCGGCGAGAGUUUGGCACCAGCUCGGUGCCACGGCUACCCAAGCUGCCCGGCCACAGGAGCCUGGUGGCCAAUCUGAGGCAGCACCAGGAGGAAGCUGAGGACGUCCUUCCAGGCUCUUACUCUGAGUUUAGGCCCUCUCAUCCCCUGCCCUACCAGGAGAGGUACGGAGGAGCCCUGGGGGCAUCCUCUAGCCAGAGGAGCAGGUACCCUGACCUCAACCCCCUCUCCCUCAGCGACCUGCCAGAGGACCUCGGCCUGGGGCCUCGCUGCCGCCCCCAACAACCACCCCCCUCCUUCUGGCAGCCCAAUGGAGCGUUCCACUACUCCGGGGAGGUGGCGCCUAUGGCAGGGGUGUCUGGGAGGACAGACUACGUGGGGAGGUCGCAUGGGGGUCAAAGGAGGGCGGAGUGGGGGCAGAUCCACUCUAGAACCAACCUGAUGGAGGAGGAGCUUAUGGAUGCUGACUCUGACUUCUGAGAGCGACCAUGUGUGGUUGUGGGGUUUUCUGUUUUUUUUACAGACUGUGAGAGAAAAGUGCUGGAUACUUACACUUAUGGUGCUCUUUUGUCACUGCCCAACAGUCAAGAUGAAACAGGACUCAAGUCAAGUUAAUUGGUCAGAUCUGUCUUAUUUAAAGGGAAGGGCUAAAGGAGAACUUAUCAGGCCAAGGGUGAGUUUCAUAAAAGCUUCUUGGCUUAUAUCCCACUGGGCACGAACUGGUUGAAUCAACGUUGUUUCCACGUCAUUUCAACCCCCCAAAAUCUGUGUGAUGACGUUGAAUCAAUGUGGAAAACUGAUUGUAUUUUAAACAAGUCAUCAACGUAGGGGCAUUUCGUAUUUCUUUCACCCAACCUUUAAGCUAAAUCCAAUGAAAUGGUGACAUUUGUUGUUGAUUUCACAUUGAAUUCACGUUAGUUAACAACUCAACCAAAUGUAAAUCAAAACUAGACGUUGAACGGACUUCUGUGCCCAGUGGGGUGGCUCUGAAUUUCUCUUAACAAAUCACAGUAGCUACAGUUUCAUAAAAAUGUGUUUAAAAAUCUAUAGCUGCGUUUAGACAGGCAGCCUAAUUCUGAUAUUUUUACCACUAAUUGGUCUUUUGACCAAUCACAUCAAAUCUAUUCACAUCACAUAUUUUUCAGAGCUGAUCUGAUUGGUAAAAAGACCAAUUAGUGAAAAAAAUAUCAGAAUGGGUCUGCCUGUCUAAAUGAGCAAAAUUAAUUGAAUAAAGCACUUUUCUGUUCUACAAGUGGUCUGGGUCUAUAGUUGUGGAGAGAAAUAGUACCUCGUUAGCUACAGCUUUUGGGAAACGCCUCCCAGACUAGUCAAUGCUGUGUGAUUUACCGAAAAUCAUUCCACUUGUGGCAUUGGUCAGAAAACGGACAUGACCACCCAUGUUGCAACAACUAACUUCUGUUGUCAGAAACAUUUCAUUGAAUGAUGGCAGCAGAAGAGGCAGCUCAACUCAACUCAAAUUGGAUGAGGGUCACCAUCACCGACAUGAUCCCGGGUCACUAUCUCUUGGAUCAGAUAUCACUCUUGUUGAUUUCAGUCUCAUAGCCAAUCAUUCAUUAUAUGACUUCCAAGACUCUUCCAGGGAUCUUGUCGUUCCCUGAGUCAUUUCAUGCAUCUUAGGGUUCAUGUAAGUCGUGUAAAGUGGCUUCCUUGUCUCUUUUCCACGUCAUUGCUGACUUUAGAAAACUGGACCGGUGAAAACUAAUUCCAUGUAGGCGUUCUCCAUAUUGCUUUCAACUAGCCUGUGUUAAUAAACAAAAUAUGACUAGAUCUGUAACGAUGGAGAGGAAGCCACUUCAGAUGAUUGACAUGCAGCCUCAUCUGAUGCAGAAGCUAUCAGGCUCUGGAAGUUCAAUGUCUUUGUAUAUCAUCGUCAACUAGAAGUCUGUACUUUUGUCGCAGAAAUAUAGAACUGUUUUUAUAUUGCCUGGUGCAAUCACACAAAAGUGAGCUUUUUUCACCUGAGGAGAAAGAGAAUUGAUUAGGUUUUUAUACCAGUGGAAAUGAAAUACACCACUGAGUGGGAAUCAAUCACUUCAUUUCUUGAAAGUGUUCUUGCACAUGUUAGCUACAUCAGUUAAAUUGUUACGUUUUUAUUCUGUACAAUUGUAUUAAAAAGGGUUAUUUUUUUACUGUAGUAUGUAGUAUUUCCACAUGAUUUUUUACUUUAUUGUCAGCAGUGCUUGACUUGGACUGAAAUACAGUAGGUGCCGGUACUCAUUUUACAUGCUGGUACUGUUUUUAUUUAGGUGCAGGAGCUCCACAAUACUUUUCAGCUAAUAUUCUAUAAGAAGAACAGGAGCUCAAGCAGUAGAAAAAUGUGAGGUGCCGGUACUCAGCUCCGGUGAGCUCCUGCCCAGGUUAAGCAUACGUGUAGACAACCUUGGCUAUACUUUGUUGAGUUUUCUGUGUUUUUAUUGUGCUAUGCAUUGCGUCAUGUUGUCCUAGAGUUGAGCAAAACACCUUUAUUCUCUUUGCUUGUAAUUAUCUGCUACAAUUUCUAAAUGCAUGCUUCUUGUGCUUCUCUCUCUAUGUGUAGUGCACCUAUUCAUUUAUUGGGACCUAGGACGCAGUGGAGGCUGCUGAGGGGAGGAUGGCUCAUAAUAAUGGCUGGAAUGGAGCAAAUGGAAUGGCAUCCAGCCAUUACCACAAGCCUGUCCUCCCCAAUUAAGGUGCCACCAACCUCCUGUGCAAGGAUGCAGCAUACUUGUACAAGUCUAAGUUGUUAUACUGUAUGUUUGGUUGGUUUUCCCUGCUGAGGUACAUUACAGAUUUGCUCAGCAAAAGGGAAACGUCACUGAAGCUCGUGAUGUAGUUGUACCGAUGCUGUAACCAAAGUAAUUUAGUAUUAGUGUCUUUGCGUCACACUCACAGCAGAAUAAAGAUGGUGCCAAACUACAGAUGUAGAAUCUUAAUGUGAUCAACCUGUUGCAGGAGAAAUUUUAAACUUGUACUGCAUUUGAGGUUUAAAACGGCUUCUGAAGUUUGUAAUUUCCACUUUGACUUGAUUUUUGCUUACGAAAAAUGGAUCAACCGCUACAAAAAUUGUCAUUAAUUAUAAUCCACAUAAUAACUCACAUUUCCUGUUGCUGCAGGAUUAUGUUUCUGCUGUAGCAAACUGGCUCAAAUUAAGAUCCUACAUCUGUAGUGUCAAUGUUAUGAUAGUCCUAUUAGCUAAUGUGUAUCAGAGAUUAUUUAUCAAAUGUCCAUGUCUGGAAGAUAAAUUAAGCAAGCUGUAAAGCACUGCAAUGAAAAUAACACUGUAACAUUUGUUUAAUAGAUUUGGACAUUUCUUGCACCAUCAGUGCAAACGAAUGUAAUUUCCGUUAAAAAAAUGUUUUGUGAAAAGACAUAAGGGAUCUCUCAAGUGUAUAUGACAUCAACUGUAAUAUUUCUCAUGUUGGAUACUGACCAGCUAGUUUAUUCCAGGGGAAAUUAACCCUGCUAUACUUUUUGAGGUAUUGUGAACAUUCUCAGAGCUUUCUUUUGCUGUCAAAGAUAAAAAUACAGUCCAUCUCUUUGUGGGUUCUUUAUAUUGGCAAAAUCCAUUUCCCUAUUGUCUGUGUAGCUUACUGCUGUUUCUCUCCAAAAUCAUAUCUUGAACACAGAAUUGUAUUACUUUGAUCAUGAAGCUGUAUUUUUGUAUAAUUAUGUAAAUAAAAGGAAACCUAGAA